CGCUUAUCCGAGUUGCACUUACAUUUAGGCAGGUGUAGUGUGAAUUAAGUAACUGUAUAUCGUAAGUUUGAGGUUGUGGUGACUUUCGCAGACUCGGUAGAUUCAUGGAGCUGGGAUGGGAUCCUUUACAACAUACUAGCAUAUAUCAACGGAAAGAAGAUUCCGAUGACAGUGAUGGAGAGGGAGGAAUGGGAAACGUGGCUCGUAUGAUAAUGCGACCUCCUGGUCACAGUGGAAAGGCGAAGAAGGGACACCUGUGUUUCGACGCCUCUUUUGAAACUGGCAACUUAGGAAAGGUGGAUCUUAUCAAUGAAUAUGAAUAUGAUCUUUCCAUUAGACCAGAUUCCUGCAAUCCCAAGCUGAGGUUUUGGUUCAAUUUUACUGUAGACAACGUUAAGCAAGAUCAAAGGGUAAUUUUCAAUAUCGUGAAUAUAAGCAAGGAAAAAAACUUACUCAUGGACAAUAUGACACCACUCGUAAAGUCAACUAGCAGACCAAAAUGGCAAAGGAUCCCAAAGCAGCACGUCUUCUACGCAAAAUCCCAUUUGCACCACAAUCACUACAUUUUGAGCUUUUCCUUCGCAUUCGAUAAAGAGGAUGAUGUAUUCCAAUUUUGUGUUGCCCCUCCGUACAGCUAUUCCCGCUUGCAAACGUUUCUCAAUCUUCUAGAAGUUAAGGCGUCUCAUCUAAACCAAAACUUUAAGAGAGAGCUACUUGCUAACAGUGUGCAAAAACGGAGACUGGAUUUGGUUACAAUAGGAUCUUUGGAUCCAGAGGAACCAAAACCAAAACGCAGGGUCAUUGCCAUUAUGGCCAGGGUACAUCCAGGGGAAUCCCCUGCCAGUUUUGUGUGCCAAGGUUUGUUAGAGCUCCUAAUAAGUUCCAAUAGCAUAGCAACAACGUUGAGAAAAUAUGUGAUAUUUAAAGUGAUACCGAUGUUGAACCCAGAUGGAGUGUUUGUAGGCAACUAUAGGAGCUCCGCUAUGGGGACAGAUUUGAAUCGAUCAUGGCACCUUUGUAACCCAUGGUGUCAUCCUACCAUAAAAGCUACAAGAGAUAUAUUGACAAUGCUUGACAAGAGCAAGGAACUUCAAUUAGAUUUUGUUGUUGAUAUACAUGCACACUCAAGUCUCAAAGGCUGUUUUAUCUAUGGCAAUACUUAUGAAGACGUAUACAGGUAUGAAAGACAUAUUCUUUUUCCAAAGCUUCUAUCAACUGUCGCAGAUGACUACACCCAGUCAAAUACGAUGUUCAACUCUGACGUCAACAAAGGUGGUACUGCUAGAAGAUUUCUCUGUUCUAUCCUUAGUGACAAGGUGAACUGCUACAGCUUCGAAGUAUCAAUAUACGGUUACAAACUUAAGGGAUCUGAAGUCACCAUUCCUUAUACUGAAGAAAGCUAUAUGAGAUGUGGACGAAAUCUCGUACGAACGUUCCUCGAAUAUUACCACAAUACUGGUGCUAUUCCCAUAGAACUUUCUUCGGAGAUAGCAGAGAAGAAACGUCGUUCUUUCACCAAACAGGUUAAAAGGAGGAACAAGGACAGGUUCCAAAGACCUUUGACGAGCCGAACAUUGGCCCACUUGCAUUUUCAAAACUUGACGAUCGCUGAUUUUAGCGACACAUCUGUCGACGAUGACUACUACAGUUCAAGGAAUCAGGAGAGUAUGAGAGAUCAAGCUAGCAAGAGCUUAGACCAGUCAUUCUAUAGAUCUAACUCACCGCUGCCUACAAAGUACGUUGUCUUGCCAGAACCAAGCUUGUCCAUAAUUGACUUUAACAGAGAAUAUAUUGAACGUGUUCCUAUAGAAAUUAAAAGAAAUAAACGAUAUUAAUGUUA